AUGAUUCCUUCACCGAUGACAGGAAACCAGCCGCAGUGCCCACAUGACCAGUGCGUCGACGCCUGCGGGCAAGACUGCGGCGCGGAGACGCACCGGCGACGCAAAAGAGGGCGGAGGUUUGGCACUGAUGGAAGAGCCUUCUCGCCGCGCGCCGGACCCCACGAGGCGCAGCAGCGGCCGCGCGACGCUCUCGCAGCACUCUCCGCCGCCGUCGCGGACAACGAGCCGCGGCCGCGUACAAACGGCCCGCGCGAGCCCGUCGGCAUCGAAAACCCCGGGGCGCCUGCACUGGUCGAGGCCGCCGUGCCGCCGCCGCCGCCGCCACAGCCCGCGGUCGCCGCGCCGCCCGCUGCGCGCGUGUUAUCGGCGCCGACGGGCGGCGGCGCCGUCGAGGCCGCCCUGUCCGCUUUGCAGUUCAGCCCGCGCACGUUCGAGCGGCGUCUCAAAGCCGCGAGUUUUCGCGGCAACCCCGACGAUGGGACUCAGUGCGCGAUAGACCCGCUCUCCUGCCAGUUCGCGACGUCGCCGCACUACACGCCCACGGGUGCUGCGUUCGAGGAGGCGGUGAAGACCCAGCUGCGCAUGGACAUCGUGUGCAACGUCCACGCUAUUGCCGACGAAGUCUAUGCCUGUGUGCGGAGUGGCCGCCACGCGGACCUAGGGCUACUCCGUCGUUUCGUCGAGUCGACUGUACUGUCUGGCCCCGGACCGGCGGCUUUGGCGGCGCACGCGCCGCACCCUCUCGGCCCUGCCACUGCCUACGAAGCCUCGGUUGAAGCGCACGACUUCGCGCCGAAGCUGGCGGCUCUGGCGCUCCUCGAGACGAACUUCGACAUCUACUACGCAGCCACGGACCCUGGCGACGCCCCGGCGUCGGUCGUAGCUCCAGCGGAGGUAGUGGUGGAUGACGUGGACUGGUCCGAGCGGCGUCGGCUUCUCGAGGCCGCGCUUUUGAGGAAACGGGAGCGUGCCGACCAAUCUCGAAACACCUGGGCACAAAAGCGUGAUGAAGGGACGGCUUCGCGGGGCGGACUGAGCGACAGGUGCGGCGCAUCGGGCGCGGUCCUUUUUCGGGAGUUCUGCCCGAUGGGCUGUGCUCCGACGGGUUUUCAGAGGGUGGCGUGCGGCGCGAGCCUCUGCGACGCGUCGGGCAAGUUGGUGCAACGCCCUUUCUGCAAGGAGGGCUGCCCGGCGACGGACACUCAUGUGGCGUGUGGCAGUGCCCUCUGCGACGUGUCGGGGGUGCGACGCGAUUACUGCACGAUGGGCUGCCCGGCGACGGACACUCAUGUGGCGUGCGGUCAUGGCCUCUGCAACGCGUCGGGCUCGCGGGUCCAACGGCACUGGUGUACGGCGCGCUGCCCGGCGACUGGCUCUCGGGUGGCGUGCGGUGGUGGCCUCUGCCCCGGCGAGGACGGCCAGUACCGGCGGAGGCACUGGUGCCGCUGUGACGACGUUCGGUGCGGCGGCGGCUUCUGUGAGAGGUCGCACAAGCGGCGCGGGGAGUGCAUGUGCGGCGACCUCCGCUGCGGAUUUAAUAAGCCUCGGCACCUUAUUGGGCGGAUGAUCAACAAGGCCUUCGCCCCGAACCUGACGAACGACCAGAUCGACGUGGGCCUCGGGUACACCGCGAAGCAGCUGCGGGAGGCGUUGCUCAAGACGUCGCCGUGGGACGAGGCGACGACGAUCGACAAGUGGAACCGAGGCGAGCUGCAGGUCGACCACAUCUUCCCCCUCGCGCGGUUCCGUGAUCGGGGCGCGUUCGUCGACGCGAACGGCAUGCCGACGCCGCUUGCGUUCGAGGCUAACGCGCUCUGGAACCUCCAGCUGCUGGAGGCGGCCGUCAACAACGAAAAGUCGGACUCGUACACCGCGACGUGCGCGGCCGGCCUGGCGCAGCGGAAGGCCUGCUUCGUGGCCGCGCGCGGCGGCACGGCGUCGUUCGACUUCGCGCGCUACCUCGAGCUCCUCGUCGCGGACGUCCGCGCCGGCAACCACUCCAUCGGCGCCCCGGCCAAAGAGCCCUAG